AUGGAGGAGAAGAUGCUAAUUACGUCAGAUUCCGACGGUGAUGAAUACAAGAAUCUUCUUAAUGGAUCAUCAAAGCAAAGCAUCGUUUUGGCUGAUUUUGGGGAGAAAACUUGCGGAGAAAGCAACGACGUUCCAACUUCAACUUUAGCCUCCCAUGGGGUAGUAUCGGUUACUGGUAGGAGAAGAGAGAUGGAAGAUGCUGUGAAAGUAGGGUUAGGUUUGACGGUGAAAGGAGGUGGAAAGUUUGAUUUUUACGGAGUAUACGACGAAAAUGGCAGGUCUAGGGUGGCGGAGGAGUCUAAAUUAAGGUUGCAUAAACUUUUGGUGGAGGAGAUAGUGGUGGAAGGAAAUGGUAUUGACUGCGGAAGGACGAUGAACAAAUGUUUCGAAAAGAUUGAUGAAGAGGUGAGCCGAGGGAGGUUGGGGGAGGAGACUGUGGGUCCGACAGCGGUUGUGGCGGUAGUUGGUGGCGAAAAGUUGGUGGUGGCGAAUUGCAGGGACUCCAUAGCUGUGUUUUUGACUCGUCAAAGCGAUCAAUACCUUCAACCAUUUGUCAUAUGCAAACCAGAAGUAAUAGAAAGAGCGUUAGUCAACGACGACGAGUUCCUCGUACUAGCUAGCGAUGGCCUGCGCCGACUUAACAGAAAAUCUACUUCGAUCGUCGACAGAAACCGUAACCAUGACGCUGGAGCUGCCACGGUGUUGGUUGAACUCUGA